UGCACUGUAGCUGUACUGAACUCAUUUGCAUUAAUCUUGUCAUGUUAUUUCAUCAACCUUGUACCGAAAAUUCCGCUCAACGGUGGUCAGCGAAUACCGUUUCAUUCGUUGAUUGGUGAGAUUCGUUUCGAGAAUGUCACAUUCGCAUAUCCGACUCGACCCGAGCAAAUGAUCUUGGAGGGCUUGCAUCUGACCGUCGAACCGGGCCAGGUGUUAGCAAUUUGUGGACCAAGUGGAGAAGGUAAAACAACAAUAACUUCAUUGCUGGAACGUUUUUAUGAGCCUUUGUUCGGUCGAAUCACAUUAGAUGGAAAAGACCUGAAAACGUUGGAUCCGAAUUGGCUUCGCGGUUCCGUGAUUGGCUUCAUUUCUCAAGAACCGAUUCUUUUCGCCACAACAAUUGAGGAGAACAUUCGAUAUGGGAAACCGGAUGCUACUGACCAAGAAGUUCGUGAAGCUGCUCACUUAGCAAAUGCCGACACAUUUGUGGAAGAGUUUCCGGAUGGCUAUGAAACUGUCGUUGGUGAACGAGGAGUGACGUUGAGCGGUGGUCAAAAACAACGAAUUGCUAUUGCAAGAGCACUGCUCAAGAAUCCACCCAUACUGGUUUUAGACGAGGCGACUAGUGCGCUCGAUGCAGAAUCUGAGCAUAUUGUUCACGAAGCGUUAGAGCGUGCGAUGCAAGGUCGGACUGUAAUCGUGAUCGCACAUCGACUGAGCACAAUUCAAAACGCCGAUCGUAUUGUUGUACUUAAGGGACAUAAAAUUGUUGAGCAAGGAACCCAUUCGCAAUUACUGAAAAGGAAAGGUGAAUAUUAUAAUUUGACAAAACUACAGAACCAACCGUUGUGA